AUGGAUACAGUGAAGACAACGGCGUUUUGCAAUCUUCCAAAAGACGCUUUAGUAAAAUUGAUAUCGUCGGAUUAUCUCGGUUUAGAAGAAGAAGAUGUAUGGCGAGCGGUUCUAAAUUGGGCCAAAUAUCAGGCAGGAGUUACGCAGCCCACACAGCACUGGACUGAAGAAGAGCGCAUGAGAGUGUGCCAGCAUCUGUCUGGUGUAAUAAAUCACGUACGGUUGCUGUUGAUUGACAGUCAGGUGUUCGCGGAGGAGGUAGAGCCAACCGGUGCAGUGCCGAUAGAGAUGUCGUUGGAGAGACGGGGCGGCACUCACCGUUUGGCGGUAUCGCCUUCGAUCUCGACGUUUCGCUUUAGGUAUAGGUAUGCAGCUCUGCCGAACAAGUACUCGGAGGUUUGCUCUGACAAACGACUACAGCCACGAGUGAGCCCGUUUCUCUUCCCGGGCUCGCAGAUUCUCUCCAGAGACAAGGUCGGUUUCCAGCGGGUUUUGAAUCAGUGGUACGGCGUGUCGAAACAGGGCUGGCGGUUAGUUUAUCGAGCAUCUACUCAUGGCUACUCAGCAGCAUCUUUUCAUCGACACUGUGAUAACGUUUGCCCGACGUAUGUGAUAGUACUGGGAGUACGUGGUGAGAUAUGCGGAGGAUUCAGUGAUGUUCCAUGGGGUAAAACUAACUCAAAAGCGCAGUACAUCGCUUCGGAAAAGAGUUUCCUUUUCACGUUGAUAAAUAAUCAAGAUGUACCGCCGACAAAAUUCGACAUCGUGAAGAAAUCAUUUGCUAUCUGCUAUCAUCCGGACAUAGGGCCGAUCUUUGGUGCUGGAGCUGAUUUGCUUAUAGCAAGCAACUGCAAUGUCAACAAGGAAAGCUAUAGCAAUCUCCCGCAUAGUUACGACGGAGACCACGCAUCUAAUCAAUUGCUUAUGGGAGAUUAUCAUUUCUCGGUAAUUGAUUACGAGGUUUUCACCCCAAGUCAUCCUGCUCCGAAAUCCAAUCAUUAAAUGAGUUGCUGCGAUAAACUCAUUUGCAUAUACAUCGCUUUUGUAAUAAAUAUUUGCAUUAUGUGA